AUGUCAUUGGAAAGACAGUCACCUGUGAUCAUCAUCACUGGCACUCCAGGGACCGGAAAAUCUACCCACGCACAGCUGCUUGCCAACGAAUCUCCGAUUCCUCUGCAGCACAUCAAUAUCAGCGAUUGGGUCAAGGAAAAGGGUCUUUAUGAAGACUAUGAUCCUGAAUGGCAGACCUAUAACGUUGACGAAGACAAGCUUCUAGACGAGUUAGAACCUCUGACAUCGGCAGGAGGCAUCAUUCUAGACUGGCACACAUGCGAAGCCUUCCCCGAACGUUGGGCCGACUUAGUAGUCGUAUUACGUUGUGACCACUCACGAUUAUGGGAUCGUCUGGAACAGAGAGGUUACUCCCUCAAAAAAAUAGAGGAAAACAACGAGGCGGAGAUCAUGCAAGUCGUCCUUGAUGAGGCUCGGUCAUCGUACGCAGCAGAGAUAGUUGUUGAGCUCAACAGUGAAAACACCGAAGACCUUGAGGCCAACGUAGCACGCAUAGUGGAAUGGAUUAAAGCUUGGAGAAGGGACAGAGGCAUGGAAGCCAAUUAAAGUUAUUCAGUUUACGCGUACUACUCAUCGCCCGAUAAUUACCCAGACCCCCCGCGAGCGCUCUAACGGAUAGCCACGGGGGAGCUCUGCCUCAUGUCUGAUUCGGGCGGGCGUUUUUUUCUUGCCCUCUGCGAUACAAACUUUUUCAAAAUAAACACAACUGC